AUGGAUGAUCUGCACUUGUUAACCAAUUUUCAUCCUCAGUUGGUGCCAGCUGUCACAGAGCUUGUGAUUGCAGAACUGCUUUACCUGCAAUAUAUGGAUCCCAAAGAACCAAUUUAUCUUUAUAUAAAUUCUACCGGCACAACCCGUGAUGAUGGUGAAACAGUUGGGAUGGAGUCGGAGGGUUUUGCAAUAUAUGAUGCAAUGAUGCAGCUGAAAAAUGAAAUACAAACAGUUGCUGUUGGAGCUGCCAUAGGCCAGGCUUGUCUCCUACUUGCUGCUGGAAAGAAGGGUAGACGGUUCAUGAUGCCACAUGCCAAAGCCAUGAUUCAGCAGCCUCGUGUUCCAUCAUCUGGUUUAAUGCCAGCAAGUGAUGUUCUUAUCCGUGCAAAAGAGGUUGUAACAAAUAGGGACACACUUGUUAAGCUCCUGUCUAGGCACACUGGAAAUUCUAUUGAGACUGUAGCAGACUUGAUGAAGAGGCCAUUUUAUAUGGAUUCUACAAGGGCUAAAGACUUCGGUGUCAUUGACAAGAUUCUUUGGCGUGGUCAAGAGAAGAUAAUGGCUGAUGCUGCCUCACCAGAGGAAUGGGACAGGAUAGCUGGCGUUAAGGUCAUUGAUGGGAUGUAA